AACCGACCGCGUCAGGAAUCUACACAUCACCAAGAUAUUAUUUUGGCUCCAUCUUGACCACGAAACCUUUUUUUAAAGCAGUUAUAACGGCUUUUAAUAGGGGUCUUUUAGUUCGACCCAUGAACAGAAAGAAAGGUUUUGUUUUGCAUAUCUCAAAAUCUGCGUUAUUUUUGUAAAGUGCUGUUUUCGGUGAUAUCUAAAUGGAUAAAUUUAGCUGACUCAUUUUACCAGGGUCAUUCCGUUGGGCCAGCAAAAGACAAAGGCCGGUGACUUGUAUGUUUGUUACAAAUUGCGCGCGGUCAGGGAAUCCCAAGGCCACAACCAUCGAUCGUCUUGCGGCGUUGUCAUGCCAUCUGUCAGAAUUCAACACCUGGUGCUACAUAUGAACAAGAGGAACUUCAGUGACGUCGAUUAGCCAACCAGUGUCGCGCACAAAUAAAAUACAAAGGCCUUUACGUAGCCUUACUUAGAUCCAUACUUGGGUUUCAAACACUGUUUGCCGUGUUGUCACGAAGCGCGGAAAGAUAUUGCUUAAAGAGGCACUCGUAAAGUGCGCUGGAUGUCAGACCAGUGUAAAGGCUAGAUGCAUUUUACCAUAGAGAUCUAGACGUAACGGAAGAAAGGUCAUAAUUCGAGCAGGCACCAGCGUAACACUGCAAUUAGCGUGGUUUGUCAAGACGUUUGUCCUUGAGCGCCGAGAAUUAAACACAAGGCCGGAGAGUUAAUUUUUGCUGCAAGUCUCUCCCUUAAGCUUUUUGGUAAGCGACUGUUAAAAAGCAGAAAUAUCAACAUUUUCUCAUCGAGUGGAGUCAAAAGUAGAGUCUUCGUAGCCGCCGGGUUUGUAAGAAGAGCGUUCGCCAAGUUUGACUGGCGCAUUUUAUCUAACCGUUGAGAUAGAGAUAGCAGAGGGCGCAUCUCGACAGAAAGCUGCAGCUGCUUUUUCAUCCACUUUAUCUUAAUACAAGAUGCCAUGAUUCUGAAUUAGACUUAAAGGGAUAAUUUGAAUAGGGAGGAGAACAACACAGACGAGUCUUUUUACUUACAGGAAGCUCAGGUCACGAGUUUUGAGAAAUAUAUAUCGACAAAGACAAGUGUUUAAUGCCGUGACCAGACAAGCAACAAGCGUAUCUGCCGCGACCGGUGCGGCGUUCUCAUCUCAACAACAAUCUCCGUAAUCCUUCAAAGAAGAGACAGAAUAGACUGAGAGCGCUUAGAGGAGCGCGCUAGAGGGGGAUUAAGAUCAUGAUGAAUUCCACGGUGAUUUGUUGGCCGUUUAAUGUACUGUACAGUCCAGAAGCGGUCCAAGAGUUUUACUUCAUGAACAUCGUCAUCUGUGUCCUCAACUUUGUCCUCGCCGUAACCAUAACGAUCGCAAAUAGCUCUCUACUGCUUGCGAUCCUGGGAACUCCCUCUUUACGCACCCCGUCCUACCUACUCGUGUGCAGCCUCGCCGUGACGGACGUUGGCGUUGGGUUGGUCAUCCAGCCGCUGUAUAUAUGGCGGAAGAUGGCGGAAAUGCGCGGGGACGUGCCCACAUUCUGCGCGCUGUACAUGGCGGGAAAUGUGCUAGCGCACUUGAUUGGCAGUCCCUCGUUCUUCACGGCGACCGCGCUGAGCUGUGACAGGUACCUGGCAAUUAGUCUUGGCGUGCGCUACCGGCAGAAGGUGACAACAAGAAGGAUCCUUAGGUUGAUAGCCGGACUGUGGUUUCUGGCAGUUUUCGUGGUGAUCGCGCGGUUCUACUCUCGGAAGCCCAAGUACAUGUCCAUCGCCGCAGCUCUCCUCUUCGUCUGUUUGUUGAUAAUCACGGUGUGUUACGUGAAAGCCAUGCGCCUGCUCAGGUCCCACAGCCGGAGCUCACUAAGUAGGGACAUCCGUAAAUCAAAGCUUAUCAAGUACAAACACUCUCUCUUUACCAUGCUCCUGGUCGUCAUUUGCCUAUUUUGUUGCUAUCUUCCAUUCGUGUUCGUCCACAUUGUGGGCUCGGUUUCUUCAAAGGAGCAUGCACUGGAGCUCAAGCGCGCACGCGAGCUGACCACAACGGUGUUAUUCGGUAACUCUUUAGUGAACCCCUUGAUCUACCUCAUGCGCAGCAAGGAGCUGCGACAAGCAUUCCGGCGAUCGCUGGGUAGGCUGUUCUGCCGCGUUUUGAGGCUACCCGCGGUCCACGUGGAGCGUGUGUCCGAGUACUCAACGGACGCAAAGUUUACUACAUUCAAAGCUGUCACGCGAAAUAAACUUUGUCGAACAGAAACUCAGGAGGAUAUGUAUCUAUAAUCAAUGAUGCAGAUGGGGUAGCCCUCAGUCUAGAGGGAAGCCCUCAGGUCCAGACCAAGGCUGGUAACGGUCAAAUUCCUAAAUAACUAAAUAAGGAAAGAAGUUUCAUUUACAAGCGUAAUCAAGGGAAAUAGAGUGGCUAUUUGCAGGGGUUGGCCCUCUUCCAAUGGGUUCCUCGUGUGAUUAUUGAACCCACCUGAAAACAGAUCCUGUAGGCAUAGAUGGUAAACAUAUGAAAGAAUGUUCAGGCUGAGAUUUCACCAAAUUCUAAAAACAUGCUUAAAACCCAGGUUCAGAUAGCACCAAAAUAUAUUCUUAUUGGAGUGAAGCUGAAUCAAAUUGUGUUCAUACGCGCGCGAUCUAAUUUUAUUUUCAUCAGUUAGGCUAAGUUUAAACGUCGUAUUAUCGCCGUAACGCCGUAUUCAACAAUCGACUUGAUUCAUUUGCGUGCAUUUGCAUCGAAUACGGCUCAUGGAUAGUACGACUUUUGAACUUAGCCUAAGCUUAGCAAACUAAAAUGGGCGCAACAAUUUCUUAUCAUUUGUGUAGUAAUUUGUGUAAUUGGUGGAAUCGGAAUCUGCUUCAAAGGAGUAAAAAGUGUAUAUAGUAUAUAAAUUGGUAUUAACAAAUAAAAUUAUAAGCCCAUUGCAAAAUCAGACAUAAAUAAUUAAUCAGGUUAAAAUUCUUUUGGAUAUCAGCUUGGGCUCUCUUGUCUGGCUCUCUUUUAGACUUUAGAUUCAGGAUUUUUGCCGAAACAAUGAACUAUAAUUGGAGCUCUAUAUAUAUCGCUGUCUUUAUGCCAGUCUAUAUAUCGAGGUUUUCACGCCAGGCUACAUAUCGAGGUAUUAAUGCCCGCCUACAUGUAUAUCGAAUCUAUGGGUAUAGACGCAUGAGAAUUGUCACGAAACAGAAAAUUAAAAAAUGAAGAAGACACGG